CUGACAAAGAUGACAAGAUAACGAACUCUGAUGAACGAGAACAAUGGAAAGGUCGACAUCUUUCGGUAGAAAGAUCAGAUGAAGCAUGGUGGAUAUAUGGGGGGCCUGAGGAAGUUGAGCAUCGUCGAUGUGCACCAGGAUAUUUUAUUAAUGAUUCUUCGACGUG